UGUGUCUCGGGAUGCCGUCGCCUCCGCUGAUCCGCUCUCUGCUCCGUUGCAAGACCCUGAUCACGCUGUUCGGCUUCCCGCUCGCCCUCUUGCCGCUUCCGCUUCUCGUGCCCACUCAGGAGGCCAGGUGUGGCUAUGUGAUCAUCCUCAUGGCUGUGUACUGGUGCACAGAGGUGAUCCCUUUGGCAGUCACAGCCCUCCUGCCUGUCAUCCUGUUCCCAAUGUUUGGCAUCCUGGAGUCCAAAAAGGUGUGCAUGCAGUACCUGAAAGACACCAACAUGCUCUUUGUGGGGGGCCUGAUCGUGGCCGUCGCUGUGGAACACUGGAACCUGCACAAACGGAUUGCCCUGAGGGUGCUGCUGAUUGUCGGGGUGAAACCUGCCCUGCUGAUGUUGGGCUUCAUGGGGGUCACAGCCUUCCUUUCCAUGUGGAUCAGCAACACAGCCACCACCGCCAUGAUGGUUCCCAUAGUCCAGGCGGUCCUGAACCAGAUGAACAGCUCUGAGCAGGAUCUGACCGUCAUGGAGUCUGCAGCUAGCAACCCCAAGGGCGAACUGGAAGGGAAGGUGUCUGGCUCGGGGCUCUCCACAGUGCAGGUUGCGAGCAACGGGCACUUGCCAGACAGCUCCAAGAAGUGCGACAGGGAGACCAGGAAGAGGAUCAACAAAGGGAUGACCCUCUGUGUCUGCUAUGCUGCCAGCAUCGGAGGGACAGCAACCCUGACCGGGACGGGGCCAAACCUGGUCCUCAAAGGUCAGAUGGACCAGUUGUUCCCUGAGAACGGCGACAUCUUGAACUUUGCCUCCUGGUUUGGCUUCGCCUUCCCAAACAUGCUCCUGAUGCUGACGCUCGCCUGGUUCUGGCUCCAGAUCUCCUUCAUGGGGUUCAACUUCCAGAAGACCUGGGGCUGUGGGACCCAGAGGACCGAAAAGGAGCUGGCCGCCUUGCGGGUGCUGAAAGAGGAGCACCGGAAACUGGGGCCCAUCUCCUUUGCAGAGUUCAACGUGCUGCUGGCCUUCACCCUGCUCAUCCUCCUCUGGUUCACCAGGGACCCUGGGUUCGUCCCCGGCUGGGCCACCAACUUCUUCAACAAGGACAAGGAGUAUGUGACGGAUGCCACCGUGGCCAUCUUUGUGGCCUUUCUCCUGUUCAUCCUUCCUGCCACCAAGCCUAGGUGUGGCUUCUGCAGUCAUAGCAGCGGCGACCUAGAAGAUGGAGAGGAAGCUAUGAAGGAGCCCUUCUUCCCUGCCCCAUUACUGGAGUGGAAGGUGGUCCAGCAUAAGAUGCCAUGGAGCAUCGUGCUGCUUCUCGGAGGAGGCUUCGCCCUGGCCAGUGGGAGUGAUGCUUCAGGGCUUUCCAGAUGGCUGGGGGAGCAGAUGACCCCUCUGCACAGCGUCCCCCCCUGGGCCAUCGCCAUCAUCCUCUCCCUGGUCAUCGCCAUCUUCACCGAAUGCACCAGCAACGUGGCCACUGCAACCCUCUUUCUGCCAGUCUUCGCCUCCUUGUCGCAGUCCAUCCAGGUCAACCCCCUCUACAUCAUGAUUCCCUGCACCCUCAGCUCCUCGUUUGCCUUCAUGCUACCCGUGGCCACCCCUCCCAAUGCCAUCGUAUUCUCCUACGGACACCUCCGCGUCUCAGACAUGGCCAAGACGGGCAUAAUGUUGAACGUCAUCGGUAUCUUCUGCAUCACCCUGGCCAUAAACAGCUGGGGCCGUGCCAUGUUCCACUUGGACACCUUCCCUUUGUGGGCCAACACCACUGGGAAGUGAGGGGUGGGUCAGCCAAAGAGGACCUUGGCACGUGGGUUUCCUCGCCUCCUCAGCCGCCUGGGCCCUGGAACUUUCCCUCCAGUGCUGGCCCUUUGGAGUCCAUGGGUGUGUUUUGGGUUGAGGCUAGAGACUGUCUGAAACCUGCUCCAAUUGCUGCCUCUGCUGCUUUGUGAAGGGACCCUGAGGAGGACAAGGGACCCCAGCAGGAGGGGCGUCUUCUCCUGGGACCAGCCGUCUGAAUGGAAUACGGGUCAUUUGUUUUUAAGAGAAGAAAAGGACCAUAAAACAGGACAAAGAAGAA